AUGGUCUCUGACACUGAGGGAAAGUCAAUCACAUGCCGAGCUGCACUCCUUUGGGGCCCGAAUGAUCUCCGGGUGAAUCAAAUCGAUGUCGCGGCGCCGAAAGAGGGCGAAGUUCGAGUUCGCAUUUUGUACAAUUCCUUGUGCCACACCGAUUUGCAUUUUAUUGAUGGAUCGCAUACAGCUCCUUAUCCCGCAGUGCUUGGACAUGAAGGAGCUGGGGUUGUCGAGAGUGUUGGAGAUGGGGUCACUAGGUUUAAGCCAGGAGACGCUGUCGUGCCAACUUUUAUGCCACAAUGCAAAAAUUGUAGCAAAUGUGCGCGAGGGGAUACGAAUUUCUGUGAAAAGAUCAACUUCGAGAACUUUUUUGGUGAUAUGGCUGAUGGAACAUCACGUUUUAGUCUAAAUGGAGAAAAGGUUUAUCACUUUAUGGGAACUUCUUGUUUCAGCGAGUACACUGUAAUCAAAGAAAUUAUGUUGGCAAAGAUCGAUCCUGAGGCUCCGAUGGAUAAAGCUUGUUUGUUUGGAUGUGGUUUCCCGACUGGUUACGGAGCUGCGGUUAACACUGCUGAGGUGAAACAAGGCGAACGAGUUGCUGUGAUUGGCGCUGGAGCAAUCGGCCUUUCAGCCAUUUACGGAGCUCAUCAAUCAGGAGCCAAAGAAAUCUAUGCGAUCGAUAUCAAUCCGGAUAAAGAGGAAAUCGCACGAAAAAUGGGCGCCACUCACUUUGUGAACCCAAAAGAUGCACCAGAGGGAACACCGUUCAUUGUCUGGUUCAUUAAAACGUUUGGCACAGUGGAUAAAGCAAUUGAAUGCAUUGGACACAUCGAGUGCAUGGUGAACGCGAUCUACAUGACCACACGUGGUUGGGGUAGGACGGUGAUUGUCGGCGUUGGAGCACCGGGGAAAGAUAUCGCUUUCAAUCCAGCAAUCUUCUUGGAAAGGAAAACGAUUCUUGGAUGUUGUUUUGGGGAUUACCACGGUGUUGACGACAUUCCAGUGCUUGUUAAUAAGCUAAAGAAUGGUGAGAUUAAUGUGGAUCCAUUGAUCACUCAUCAUUUCGAUCUUGAACAAGUAAACGAAGCCGUUACUUUACUUAAACAAGGAAAAGCCAUUCGAUCAGUGAUGGCUGUUGCAAAGAAGGAG